AUGGGCGAGGAACACGUGGAUAAGUCUGAUAAAACAACAGAAGAAACUCGGGAUGCUCUAGUAGACAAUCCACAAGUUAAGAUGCCCAGCUAUGCAAAGUUUAUGAAGGACAUAUUGUCAAACAAGCGAAAGCCGGAGGAUAAUGAGACAGAGACGUUGAACGAAGAAUGCAGCGCAGCAUUGUAUGAUUUAGGGGUAAGCAUUAAUUUAAUGCCUUUGUCUCUUUUCAGGGAAUUAGGUUUGGGGAAAUUGAAACCUACUCCAGUGACGUUGCAACUAGUUGAUAGUUCAAUCAAAUAUCCAAGGAAAAUUAUUGAAAAUAUUUUAGUAAAGGUUGACAAAUUCAUAUUCCUAGUUGACUUUGUUAUCCUAGACAUGGAAGAAGACAAGGAUGUCCCUCUCAUUCUAGGUCGUCCAUUCUUGGCUACUGGAAGAGCUUUGAUAUAUGUGUAG